AUGGCCAAAGCUUUAAAAGGUGAGACUUUAAAUGGGUGGAGAGAUGCAAAUCAGAGAUUCAAGGACUCAACACAUUUGUAUGAUGAAGAAGUCCUCGGGGGUGUCCUCGAGCCUCUUAAGCUUAGCUACGAUUACUUGAAGAAAGAUACGAUUAGAAUCCAUGAUGUGAUUCGAGAUUUUGCUCAUUGGCUAACAUCAACGGGAGAAAAUAGGUUCAUGGUAAAAGAUACGUUGGAAGAAUGGCCUCAUAUGGAUGAAAGUUAUACUGCAAUCGCUUUAUGUAAUUGUAGUAGUAUCAUAAAAAAAUUUCCUGAUAAAGUGGAAUUUUCAAAGCUCAAAACUUUGUUUUUAGAGGGUGAGAGGAAGAGGAACCCAGAUUAUUUCCUAGUGGUUUUCGGUACAUUUUUUGAAGAAAUGAAAGCCCUCCAAGUUUUACUUCUCCAACAUGUCAGCCUCUCACUGAAAGGAUUCCCUUCCUUACCAAAUCUUAAAACUUUGUGGUGUUUUAAUUGCAUGCUGAAAAACUUCUCAUCAUCACUGACAAAUAUGAGAAGCCUUGAGAUUCUUGCAUUGAUUGGCACUAAGAUUGAUGGGAUAAAUGAAGAAUUACUAAAAUUGUCUACACUGAAAUAUUUACGUCUUUCUGGUGUAGUUGACAAAUAUUUACGUCCCCUGCUCCCCCAACCAAACUUGGUAUCAAGGUUGACUUCACUACAAGAGUUACAUGUCAUACCCAAAAAUAAUCUCAACUUAUUGGAGUUUAAGUCACUGUCUCGUUUAACUGCACUAUCACUGAGACUUUCUACUAAUCAAAUUCCUCGAGAAGAUUUUGUGCUCCCUAAACUACAAAGAUUUCUCAUAUUCAUUAAGUGCAUUUGCAAUGUGGAAGAGUUGAAUUUGAGGAAUGUUGGUGGACAAAAGAAUAUUGUGCCAAGCAUAGAUGAAAUGGGAGUAAAUGAGUUGACUUCUCUGCAGCUCAAAUCUUGCAAUGAUAUGGAAUUCUUGAUUGAUACAAAAAAGGAUCAAGGGUCAACUGUUGCAUUCUCUAAUUUGGUGGAAUUAAUUAUCGAAAGCAUGGCUUCUUUGAAAGGGUUGUGCUAUGGUGUUUCUCCGACUAGGUUCUUGCAAAACCUUAAGCAAUUGAUCAUUAAAGAUUGUGAGGAGUUAGAAGUGAUAUUUCAAAUAGAUAAACUUUCUGAAAAAAUGAAACGUCAGACACCAUUGCUCUCAAAUUUAACAAUAUUGAGGCUACAUUCAUUGCCGAAAUUGAAGAGGAUAUGGGAAGUAAAGCCAUCCCAUCGUGCAAUUGCAAGCCUCCAAAGUCUAAAGGUUGUGAGCAUUGAAUCUUGUGAUAAUCUGAAAACAAUCUUCUCACCUUGCCUAGCUUUAAGUAUGUUGCAUCUACAAGAACUUGAUAUAAGGUACAUCGAUUGA